UGCCCUAAGUCGACUCUCGGCGUUCCACUCGUUCUCCUUCUCCUUCUCCGGCGAGAUCUGGUCUCGGCUCUUUAGUUUGGAUUGAAGAAGAAAUAUAAUGACAAUCAAGCAAAUAUGCUGAACAGCUACAUCCAUGGCCACCAAUUCUCUCCGAUCUCUCCGCCACUUGGCCGGCGGCAGUCGUUGCCACUAUCGUUUACUAUUCAAUCAAACAAUGCUAAUAAUCCCACCCUCUCCAUCUCCAUCUCCAUUUCCAUUUCCUCCGCUGUAAAAACCUUCUCUCUCCCCUCCUCUACUUCCUCCUCCGUCCAAUCAACCUCCUUUGACCUACUCCAACGCCUCCUCUCCACCAACGACUUCCGAGAAGCCGACAACGAGACUCGCCGUCUCCUUAUCGGCCUCGCUGGCGAAGCCGCACAGAAACGCGGCUACAUCUUCUUCUCGGAAGUCCAGUUCAUACCCCAAGUAUACCUCCAAACCAUAGACCAACUGUGGAGGAAUCACAGCAGCAACAAAUUUGGGUACAGCGUCCAGAAACGAUUGUGGGAGAAAUCAAACAAAGAUUUCACAGCUUUCUUCAUAAAAGUUGGGUGGAUGAAGAAGCUUGACACAAAAGAAGUAUUGCAGUACAACUACAGAGCUUUCCCGGAUGAAUUCGUGUGGGAACUGAAUGACGAAACUCCAGAAGGUCACUUGCCAUUGACGAAUGCACUGAGAGGGAUCCAGUUGCUGAAAUGCAUUCUAAGCCACCCUGCAUUUGCAGACGCCAUUGAAGAAGAUGAAAGAGAAAAAUUGCAGCAGGCACUUGGGAAAGGAGUGGUUAUACCUGAUUACAGUUUUUAAUGGAAACAAUUAAGAUGAAUUAUGAUAUGCAUUUCUUGAAACUUCAAUUCACGAUUCAAUUUGAUGUCUAUUUGUUUUACUUCUUGAACUAUUUUCAAUUAUGCAAUACAUAUUUGGGAAUCAAAUGUACUGCA